UCUCUUUAGUUCUGAAAAAUUCUUAGGUUGUCUUUAUUUUCUCCUCUCUGAUUUUUUGGGGGGACUUUAAUGGUAUUGAUACUGGUAUUUCUAGUUAAAUUUUAUAUUGUCUAUUCUCCUCAACCCUGAUUUUCCAGCUUAUUAACGUGUUCUUAAACUGUUAAUGGUACUUGUGCACAACCCAUUGGUUUAGUUCUUUAUUUCAGACACUGUUUUUUUAAUACCAAGGAUUCCAGUUGGAUUUUUAUUUCUGACACUUUUUUUCUGCCUCAUCUUUUUCCUCUCUCUCUCCCUCUCUUCUCUUUUUAAACAGGUUUACUAUAACUUUAGAUCCUUGUUUUGUCUGGUCCAAAAAUUCUGCAGUACAUUAUUCAAUUUGUUGCAGGACAUGUGUACUCUCAGAAGUCUAUCAUUUUCCCUCUAUGAUUAUUCACUGCCUUGUCUCUUCAAGAUUUUGUUGCCAAGAAAUAACUAGUAAAUGAUAUAUUUUAAUUCAGAUGAGUUAUAUGAAACAAAUUUGAUUUAAAUUAUCUAAAUUUUACAAGAUAUUUUAAUGAUUUAUCAAGAAUAAGAUUUUCUCACUUAGUAAUUUGCUCAGCUCUGAUCAUGCUAAAACUUUGGUUUGUUUUAUUUGUAUUUUCUAUUGUGAAGUUUUUCACAUUCACGGAAAAGGAGAGAAUAACUUUUUUUUUUAAGCAAGUCUAUGUUGCUGCUCUAUACCAGAAGAACUCUUAUUAGGAAAGCAAUAAUUUGCAAGUUUUUAUUAUUAAGUGGAUACCAGUUACCUGGGUUUAAGGCAGUGGAGGUGGAAAUAAUUUCUUCUACCAUUAAGAUCAGGUUAUCUUUCAUUAGACUGGACACUGACACUGCAGCUUUUUCUCCUGUCUACUUCUUUCCUUUGGUGUUCAUCCCCUGAAGCAUCUCUGCAGCAUUAUAUAUAUUCAGUCAGCAAGGUUUAUUUCAAAAUUAUUAUGGUAUAUGAAAGUCUUCAUGUCCAAGAGGUAAAUAAUAGGAAUAUAGUCUAGCUAUAUCCACAUUGCUUAUUUUUCAAGCUUUUAAUAGGCUGUUGAGGGUCAGCAGUUGAAGGCAUGUAAAGUAAUUGAGGCUGAGAAAUAACCAUAGGAAGAUUAUUAAACAGAUAGGAUGGAUACACUGUACCUUCUGCCUCAUCUUCUUCUAGUCAUCUCCUUCUUUGGAACUGACCCUUUGAACUCUCUUCUGCCAUCUUCCUUACCAGAUCCUUUAUCCUCCUGGCCAGGAUAAUAAAUUUUUAGCCAAGUUCUGUAGUAGGCAUUGCUAAUUUAUCACACAUUCUUUGCCUGCCAAGCCCUGGACAUGCCUUCGAAUCCUUCUCAGCACGAUGCUUCAUGGAGCCAAUUAGAGUUAGCACUAAAGGUGACACCUGGUUAUCAUUUCUUUUCUAUCUGACUCUUGUUCCAACCAGAGUAGGACAUUAACUUAUUCAGGCUAUAUUUAUUUUGAAGGCUGAAAAGGAAUAAAGAUAAAAUAGCAAGUAAAGAUGUUUCACUUCAGCCAAGAGACAUUUCUCUGCCUUUCCUUUGCUCAUCUUUUAAAGCCUUUUAUGUCAUUCCUACCUUUGCUGCUUCUCUCUCUGUGCAGUUUCUGCUGCUUCUUUCCACCUAAUUAGUUUACACUGGGCAGUUAACAUAUUUGUAUUAAGCAGUAUAAACCAGAUUUUGAUUCAGUAAUUAAAGAGGCAUUCUUUCUUUGUGUAUGUUCUCAAUUCUUUUGUCACUCUUCUGAGGUGAUUUCUUCUCAUUUUUUGGUAUAAUGAAGUAUUUUUCCCCCCAUCCUUGUAUUUAGAUUUUUUUUUUUUUCAAAGAAAAUUAGGUGCCACCAAACCUCUGGGAGGUGUUUGUUUUGAAUGUCUUCUACCUGGAACUAAGCAAUGGUCUACUACUGCUAAAAAGAUAGGAAUUUGAGAAAGAAUAAGAUAGAAGGAAAUGCUGGUAAGGCAGAAGAUGAAUAAUCUUUCAUUUAGUGAGCUGUGUUGCCUCUUCUGCUGUCCACCUUGUCCAGGGAAAAUUGCUUCAAAAUUAGCAUUUUUACCACCUGAUCCAACUUACACGUUGAUGUGUGAUGAAAGUGGAAGCCGCUGGACUUUACACCUAUCAGAACGAGCAGACUGGCAAUACUCUUCUAGAGAAAAAGAUGCUAUUGAGUGUUUCAUGACUAGAACCAGUAAAGGCAACAGAAUUGCCUGCAUGUUUGUGCGUUGUUCACCCAAUGCCAAAUACACUUUACUCUUCUCACAUGGAAAUGCUGUUGAUCUUGGUCAGAUGAGCAGCUUUUACAUAGGACUGGGAUCACGGAUUAAUUGUAAUAUAUUCUCAUAUGAUUAUUCUGGAUAUGGUGCAAGUUCUGGAAAACCAACAGAGAAGAACCUCUAUGCAGACAUAGAAGCUGCUUGGCUUGCUCUUAGAACAAGAUACGGCAUUCGCCCUGAAAAUGUGAUUGUAUAUGGCCAGAGUAUAGGGACAGUACCAUCCGUGGAUCUUGCUGCUCGGUAUGAGAGUGCUGCUGUUAUUCUUCAUUCUCCUUUGACCUCAGGAAUGCGAGUCGCUUUUCCUGAUACUAAGAAGACCUACUGUUUUGAUGCAUUCCCAAACAUUGACAAAAUCUCUAAGAUAACCUCCCCAGUAUUAAUAAUUCAUGGGACUGAAGAUGAAGUCAUUGACUUUUCACAUGGCCUCGCAUUGUUUGAGCGUUGCCAAAGACCUGUGGAGCCUCUGUGGGUUGAAGGGGCAGGUCACAAUGAUGUGGAACUUUAUGGACAGUACCUUGAAAGAUUGAAACAGUUUGUGUCACAGGAACUGGUGAGGGAGCCCAAAAGAGAAUAUACUUUGCCGAGGUCUGCAAUCUAAUUGUCAACCGUUGUACCAUCUCUCAUUAUCUCUUCACCAAAUUUAUCUGGACUAUUAUACUAAUGAUCCUUUUGAACUAUAAUACAACGUAAACUUACUUGCUCUCCAGCGUUAAUCAUAACUUUUUUAAAUGGCUCCUAGAUUCCUUCUUAUCAGCUAGUUAUUGAAUAAUAAACUGGUAAGUUGUACCUUUCACAUUUCUCAAAUUAAUGAUUUGUAUAAAGUAAGACACUAACCCAUUUUAAAAGACUCAGUAAUAACUAUUUGGUUUUAUUAAAACCAAGUGACGAUGUUAACUAGUCACAUGAAUAAGCAAUCAAAUAUUUACUUAAGCAGCACAUUUACUACAAGUUAAUACCAUGCCAGGAAUAAACAACUACAUUGAAAAAAAGCAUCAAAACAGUGAUGGAUGGGCUUUAAGUUUGUUGCUUUGGUUCAAAACAUGCAUGCAGUAUGUUCGAAUACCAUGAUAGCAUGUUGCAUUCUAAUAAUGAUGUACACCCCAAAUGUCCAGUAAUGAAAAAAGGAACUAUGCAUAUGAUACUUGGAAUUGUUUUGAGUUCUAAUUUGCAGAAUGGAGAGAUUUGUUCAUCUAUAAAUGGAUUAUGCCUCUGACUGAAUAAGUUGAAUGAGUAAUGCUAUGAAGGAACCAAAUACCUCUGGCCUGGAAAUGACCCACUUGAUGUUAGAGUUGUGGGGUAGAGGGGAAACAGGAAAUAAAGCUUACAGUCUUUAUAAAUAUCAGUGGGUUAAAAUCUGUUAAGCUGAUUCUUACAUUAGAAAUUAUUUUUCUCCCUCUUUAUUUCCUCUUGUAGGCCAGGUACUGAACUUGCAUAAUAUAAGAUUUGUAAGAAAAAGUUUAAAUAAUAUGCUUUAAGAAAUGAGAUCCUUAUAUUAGAAAAAUAGGGGGUUUUAAAUAAUUUGUGAUAUUUUGUACCUGCUGAUUCAAUGCCAAUUUCAGCUAUUGUACUACUUAAUUAAUUCAGAGGUUUUUUUCCCCCCCAGAAUUACUGCUCAAUGCAGUAUAUUGAGGUAAAAUGGGUGGCAGGUAGGUUUAUGAAUAUAGGGGCAUCUGAAUCAAAAAUUGAAUAUGUACUGCUCUUUUCCAGAUUACCUGCAAAGUAUGGUGAAUUCAUAGACUAUGAAUCAAAAUUUCUAAAUUCUAAAAUUAGCAUUUUACAUUAUGAAUCUUAGAUGGAAAAAAACUUGUUACUGAGAUGAAACUUGAAUUUGUAUUUAAACACUUAAUUUCAAAUUGUGUAAGUUCAGUUUUAAAACUUUGGUAAAGUAAGAGACUAUCUGUAUUACUUCACCAAAGUUUGAGAGUU